AUGUUAUGGUUUUACAAAGACUGUGAUAACAGUUUUUUCAAAACCUAUGAUGACUACGAUGACUUAUAUGAUCUUGAAUAUGAUGACUGUGAAAUACUUGAAGAUAACGUCUCAGAUCAUAAUACUCAAGAAACCAAUAUUAGUUCAAUUAGCUCACCAUCCCAAA